UCACUCAAAUGUUUGUGAUCCAUUGGAACAAUGAAUCUACUAUAUAUUUUGACUUCCUAUAGUUUAUAAACAUAUAUUUAAUAAUUGAUAGAAAUCUAGCAGAGGCACAUGAUGUGGGCCAAAUUCAUAGUCGAUAAGGAACAUAACAUUAAACAAAGAAAUAAGUUGAAGAUGUACUAUUGAGAGUGAAAAAUAGAUCUGGGAAUAUAUGGAGAAAUGAGCUAGCCCAUUGAAAUGAAUCAUAUGUUGUAUAUACAAAAUCCUAUUUUAUUUAAUAAUAAUAUUACAUUUUGAAUCAUAACAUGUUUUUUACUGCUAUCUAUUCUUCACAGAAUGAUGAGAUGCCUAAUGGGUGGCCAUUGGGUCUUGGUUUUCUGAAUAUGAGACUAAGAGUUGUGGAAUCACUACCAGCUGCUCCAGUAGAGCCAUACUCAUUGUCACUGCAUAUUCCUUCUACUAGUUUUUCCUCACUCUCCUCUUCCAACCUUGAUACUGAGUCAACAGCAUCAUUCUUUAAAGAUAACAGUGUAUCCCUUGGGCAUCUAAUUGGCAUAAGAGCAGGUGAAAAGAGACGUUUAUACUUCCCAAAAACAUUAAGAUUUGAAGAAAGAGACAAGAAACCAUUACAAAAUGGUAGUACUUGUUCUGAUGAUACCUCAAAAUGUGGCAUUUGCAUACCCUCACUUUUUGAUCCCUUGCUAAUAAAGAUUAGCAAAAGCAAGAAAAAUUCAAGGAACUAGUAGCAUAUGAUAUGAAUAUGAAUAUGAUGGUGUGUGACAUAUCAAAUAUACCCUGCAAUUCGGUGAUCUGUUUCUCCUACUCAAAAUUAACAAAAUAAUUUUUCUGUUGUUUCAGCCAAUUUUUCAUUUUAUUUGCAGAAGUUUGUUUUAACUUCGUUUUAUUUCAGAUUAUGGGAGUUUAACAAAGCCGACAUUGACAUAUGUGUAAUUCUAUAAACAAUAUUUACUUAUAUUCCAAAAAAUAUACUUAUGUGUUAAAUUUAAAGUUGUUUGAUGAAAUGUGAA